AUGAAUCUUUGUAAAAAUUCAGAGGAAAAAAGAGAUUUACAGAUUGGGGAAAGCUCAUCUAGGAUUUCAGCGAAGAUAGUGGUUUCGGAAUCUGGGAUUCAAGAAGAUGAAUUGAAGCAUCAAGCGAAAACCCUUAGCGAUUUGUUAAGCAUAAACCCCUCAAGGAAGAAAGUAGGAGUUUCACUGGAUUAUGUCGAGCCAGAAGAGAAGAACGGGAUUCAAAUUGCUAUGGUACAGAAGCAGGACGUCCAGAGUGAAAUGGAGUAUUGGCAACCCUCAAUCAUAAGCUUUGUUCUUGGGGCUAAUCCGCCUUUCAAGGUAAUGGAAUCAUUUUAUACGCGUAUUUCGAAGCAUUUGGAUAUUGAUAGAGUAAUUUUAUUUCCAGCUGGUCUUUACGUCAUUCGGUUCAAAACUGUGGAUAGUAGAGAUGAAGCACUAGCUGAUCCUGUUCAAUGUUUAGGGUCAAAUCCUGUGAUUAUUAAACCAUGGAAAGUAGAACGAGGCUCUAGCUAUAAAGAAGUUAAACAUGUGCCAGUUUGGGUCCAAUUUCCGGGAUUAGAGCUUAAAUUCUGGAAUCUGGCUACACUUAGUCGCAUUGCAAAUGAAGAAGGGAACCUAAUGGAACAAGACGUCUAUUACGAAUGGCGUCCUACACAAUGUAAGAGUUGUUGUUAUUUUAGGCAUGGGGAAGAAGACUGUAGGAAAAAGGAGAAGCCAAAGGAAGUUAUAAAAGUGGACACUGGACAUCAAAUGAAGAGAGCAGAAGUAGAGAGUUCCUUGAUCAACCUGAAAGAAGAUACCAAUGUUCAAAGAAGUGGAAAUGGUAAUAGCUUUUCAAUACUGGCUAUGGCAAAGGAUGAUGAGACAGGUGAGGAAGUGGAAUCUGGCCUUAUAGUGACUACAGAAACAGCAAAGGAAGUACAGAAUGCAACAGCUAGGAGAGGGAAUCCUUUGGACCCCGAAGUAAAAUUAGAGUAUAGUAAGAUUGUAGAGAUGACGGGAAGGUUAUGGGGUGGCUAUGAAUGGUGUAGUAAUGGUGGGAUUACAGAGAAAGGACGUAUAUUACUGAUUUGGAAUCCUGGUUAUGUAAAAGUCCAUCUAAUGCAAAGUGAGAGGCAAUUAAUGCAUUGUGGGGUUGAGUUAAAGAGUACAGGAGUGAAGUUCCUUCUUACUGCCAUUUAA